GGGAAGAGAAUGUAGUCAGAAAACAAAGCUAGCUUUGUCCUAUUGGCUUCUUUGUUCUUAUCUUGUUAUUUAACCUAUUUUGAAUUUCAAAUAACACUAGAAGGGCAGUAUUGAGAUUUUUAUGCUUGGAGGUGGCAGCAAUGGUUUUUAAAAAGGAAAAGGCUGAGCCGCAGAUGUAGGUGUUCUUGUUAAGGAUCACUAUUGACUUUCAUCAGCUGAGGUCCCAGGUCUGUGUAGGUAGGUGACUUGCCCAAGGUCACACUGUGAGGACACCGAGCCCAGCCUGCCCUCCCACUCUCAGAAUGGAGCAGGGUGAUGUUUUGGCAUGCAGGUUAUCAUGGCGAUCUGUGAUUCAGCUGGCACUGAUUUGGCACUUGCUAAGUGCAGAGCCCAAGCUGGAUGCCCCAGGGAGAAAGGCAGGAAAAUCCAGGCGACUGCCCCACCCUCCAAGUGCAUUGCCGAUCUCAGGAGGUGAGACAGGGCUCCACAAGCCAGUCAAGGACUUAUGUGAGUCAGAGGCUCUGAGUUCAAGUCUCGACUGGCUCUGUGGAUCUGACCUUGAGCCAGCUUUGCCCUCAGUGGACCACAGGAAAAGCAUAGGAUCACAGGUGCGCUCUAGCCUGGACUUUGUAUGAUACUAGAAGAAAAGGGGUCAGAACAAGAAAUGCUUAAAGAGGCUGAAGCUGGGGAAGAUAUGGUGGGGAUGGGGAAUCAGGAAGGGAGAGAUGGGCAAGAAAUAGCUUUUGGCACCAGUUGAGCUUUUUCCAAAGCUUGCUCCCUGACAACAAGGCUCCUACAUCAAUUUGACAAACUGUGAUAAAGUCUUCCUGCGGGCCUUCUCAGAGCCUUGAAUAUGCUCACGCAUGGAGGAGGCAGCUGGAAAAAGCCACUUUUGACCACAGGAUCCUUAUUCCAGGAAGCUCCUUGAAGGUGGAUGGUUUGGAGGAACCUCUGCUCUGGCUGUUUACCCAGCUUCACAAAGCCUUGGUCUCCACCCCUGGGCAGGAGAGAAGCCGACCACCGCGGGGGUGCUUUCUCUACGCUUGACCAUCUACAGCUGCUUCCAGGGGGCUGGCAGCCGGCCCCGGAGAGAGGCGAGCCAUGGACCCCCCACAGCCUCAGCAUUCGGUGACCUCACUUUAGGACAGCGUCAUUUACAGCUUCCACCAGGGCAAAGGAGCUGAGCAGCCAUCCCGAGCCCGGCCCACCUCCCUCCCCCGGCCCCUGGUGGACAUGGACUAGCAGCUGUGAGCAGCCAGAGCUGAUGCCCGGUCCCCAGGGGGGCAGCGGCGCCCCCACCAUGAGCCUGGGCAAGCUCUCGCCUGUGGUCUGGGGGUCCAGUUCACAGGGAAAGAGGCGGCUGACUGCAGACAUGAUCAGCCCCCCGCUCGGGGACUUCCGCCACACCAUGCAUGUGGGCCGUGGCGGGGACGUCUUCGGGGACACCUCCUUCCUCAGCAACCACGGUGGCAGCUCCAGGGGCACCCAUCGCUCACCCCGCAACUUCCUGGCCAAGAAGCUGCAGCUGGUGCGGAGGGUGGGGGCGCCCCCCCGGAGGAUGGCGUCUCCCCCUGCACCCUCCCCGGCUCCACCGGCCAUCUCCCCCAUCAUCAAGAAUGCCAUCUCCCUGCCCCAGCUCAACCAGGCCGCCUACGACAGCCUCGUGGUUGGCAAGCUCAGUUUCGACGGCAGCCCCAGCAGCUCCACGGACGGCCACUCCAGCUACGGCCUGGACUCUGGGUUCUGCACCAUCUCCCGCCUGCCCCGCUCGGAAAAGCCGCAUGACCGAGACCGGGAUGGUUCCUUCCCCUCUGAGCCCGGGCUUCGCCGCUCAGACUCUCUCUUGUCCUUCCGCCUGGACCUCGACCUGGGGCCCUCACUCCUUAGUGAGCUGCUAGGGGUCAUGAGCCUCCCGGAAGCCCCUGCAGCUGAGACUCCAGCCCCUGCUGCAAACUCCCCAGCCCCUGCUGCAAACCCUCCAGCCCCUGCCGCAAACCCCCCAGCCCCUGCCACAACUCCCCCGGGUCCUGCUGCAAACCCCCCAGCCCUUGCCACAAGCUCCACACCCCAUGGACACUGUCCCAAUGGGGUAACAGCUGGGUUGGGCCCAGUGGCUGAAGUGAAGGCCAGCCCAGUGGGAGGGGGUCCACGAGGACCUGCUGGCCCUGCCCUCGGCAGGCACUGGGGAGCAGGCUGGGGUGGUGGCUGCCACUACCCGGAGAUGGAUGCGCGGCAGGAGCGGGUGGAGGUGCUGCCCCAAGCCCAGGCCUCCUGGGAGAGCCUGGAUGAAGAGUGGAGGGUGCCCCAGGCACACAGCAGGACCCCGGUGCCCAGCACGGUGCAAGCAAACACCUUUGAAUUUGCAGAUGCUGAGGAGGAUGAUGAGGUCAAGGUGUGAGGGGCUGGGACGUGGUCCCGGGGCCCCACCUAGGUGCAGAGCUGGCCCCUCACCUAACAGCUGGUUCCUACCAGACCAGAGAGGGGAGAAGCUGAGUUGCCCCUAAACCCCUCUCCACCUCUGCAGGACAGACACGGGAGGGAAGACAGGGAAGGCCAGGAUUGCUCUGGGACUUGGAUGCUCCCAGAGGCCCUGCCAAGCUGACCACCUCCUCCCACUGCCACUCUGGACCUAAUAGCUCUUCCUUAGGCCCCACUCCACGCCACCCCCACCAGCUGGAGGGCCCAGCCUCACAGUGUGGCCUUUGUGCCAGACUAAGCUGCCUGUGGGGGGUGGGGGGCAGGGAGUGUACCACACAGGGCCAUUGUCUCACCUCCCAAAGGAACCGCCUGCCCCCAGCUCAUCCCAGAGCGUCCCCACUGUAACCCUGACAGCCCUCUCCCAGGCCGCUUCCCCAACAUCCCCGCCCCAGCCUCCCUCUUACCCCAGAAAGGUCAGGUAUGACCUCCUGGGGAGGAAUCCCACCUGCCUGUAUACCCCAGACUUGCCUCUGGGGCCUGAUUAAAUAAGGCUGUUUUGAUAAAA